AUGAUUCCUAACAACGAGGCUCUGCUCAACAUCGCAGGCAACUUCUUCUAUGGCGACCCCAUGCUCUACGCCGAUGGCUGCCAGUUCUGCCCCUCUGGGGUCAUCCAGCCCCUUGUGUUGACACCAGGCGACCUCAUCUACACUUCUGGCGGCCGCUGUGGACCCGGGGGGUCAGGAGGAUAUGUUGAGAUGACACGUGCAGGGGCCAACAAGAAGGGCGAGGCGAGUCUGCGGGGGAACUGUUUCACCCUGAGCAAGCAGAUGGAGUGCACGGCGAACGAGACGCAGCGCAGCAGCGACGAGUGCCUGGCAUUCUGCAGCAUGUCGCGGGAGCUGGGGCCGUGCGACGGGCACGGAGCGUGUGUGCCGCCGCAGGCGGGGGCAGCAGAGGCGUGCUUCACGUGUGAGUGCGACGACGGCUUCGUCACCACCAACGGCACCCUCGGCUCCACCUGCGCCCGCCCUGCUCCGCCCCCUGCUGCAGCGCUCUCCACGGGUGCAGUGGUGGGCAUCGCUGUGGGCUCUGCUGCCGCCUUUGCUCUCCUCCUCGCUCUCGUUGUCGCGCUGCUCUGGCCUCGCCAACGCCGUGAGGCCCUUCCCCUUUCCCCUCUUUCGGAGAUUCGGACUCUUGCUGUCGUGAGGGCGAUGGCGUCGCUGCGGCAUGAGCACGUGGUGCGCCUGUUGGGCUUCUGCCUGCAUCAGAACGUGGAGAGCGGCCAGCAGGAGCAGAUCCUCGUCUACGAGUUCGUGCCCAACGGGGACCUCAACUUUGGCGUGGUGCUGCUGGAGCUGCUGACAAGGCAGAAGGCAGCCGUGGAGGGCACCGACAGCCACAUCAGUGACUGGGCGGCGCGCAAGGUGCAGGUGUACUCGCUGGGGGAGCUGAAGGACGCGGGGCUGGAGGCGCCGGACGAGGCGGUGGUGGAGCUGGCAGACAUCGCGCUGGACUGCCUCAAGAUGCCCGCCUCUCGCCGCCCCCCCAUGAAGGACGUCGCCCGCCGCCUCCACAACCUCCUCUCGCUCUACUGCGAGGACGACGACCACUUUGCCGUUGUAGAGCCCAGCCUGAGAAUGGAAGGAGGGGGUGUGAGGGGCGAGGGCGGCAGCACAGACACGUUUGGAAGGAGCGGGUGGUCGGAGGGAACGAGUGGAACGUCUGCUUCCAGGAGUCUCAUCCAUUCGUUGUCUGAGAAGUGGCGGAUGAUUGAAUAG